AUGGCGCCUAGUGCUGUUGGCCCGGUCGUGGGUGCUACCACGGCACCCGCUGCCCACCACAUCCAUCACAUUGAAUACCACGCUCCAGUCGCGGAGAUCCCUGGUCUCCCCACUGGCUUUCCCGAGACAGUGGUCGACGAAUCAGCCUGGACCGGCCCGCAAUUCACCAGGGAGUCGCAGUACACCUACAAUCUCACCAAUGCGGACCUCGAGGAGCUUGCCGCCGCCCUCAAGCACUUUAAAGGUAUCCCUGGCCUUGAUGGUGAUCUUGUCAACAAGGACAACUUUCCCUUGCCCAUCCUUGGUGCCGCUCUGGGUCGCGUUGCCCGUGAUAUCCAUUGCGGCAAGGGUUUCGCUGUGGUCCGCGGCCUUGAUCCGCAGAAGCACUCGGUCGAAGAUCUCACGGUACUGUAUCUUGGCAUCCAGGGGUACAUUGCCAACCAGCGUGGCCGUCAAGACAAGAAGGGGAACAUGCUUGGUACGCGACAUUCACCCAUUGUCUUUGCCUCAGCAAACCUGCUUACUCCGGUUACAGUCCACAUAGUUGCCGACAACACCAGCCAAGCCAAGGCUGAUCACCAUCGCCAUUCUACUUCCGCCAUUACCUUCCACAAUGAGGAGUCGGGCGACGUUGUCAGCUGGUUGACCCGGAACACCGCUGCAGCCGGUGGGAAAUGCAUCAUUGCCUCUGCCCACACUGUCUACAACGUUCUCGCAGCCACUCGACCGGACAUCAUCCGCACCCUGUCCCGCUCAGACUGGCCAUUCGCCCUCCCCAAGUUUCAAUGCCGCCCGAUUCUCUUCCACCACGACGGAAAGAUCAUUACCAACUUUGGACGGACUCCUUUGAUGGGAAAUUCAACCCAUCCCCGCCCCGCCCACUUUCCAUCCUUGACGCCUCGUCAAGUCGAGGCUCUCGACGCCUUUGAGGCCGUUGCUAAGGCAACCCAGAUGGAGAUUCAGACUCGAGCCGGCGACAUUCACUUCAUCAACAAUCUGGCCAUCCUUCAUCGCCGGGAGGCAUUCACCAACGGUCAGGGUCCCGAUGAGAAGCGCCACCUCGUUCGGAUGCGUGUGCGCAACGAGAAGCUUGGCUGGUCCAUUCCUGCUGAGCUUCAACGCGAGUGGUUCGACGCUUUCGAGAAGCCUGCCGACCGCGUUUGGCAUCUGGAGCCAAUGCCCGACGCGUUCUUCCCCCUCAGAAAGUACCCAAACUGA